AAUAAAGAAAUUUGGAAACAAAAACCACUGAAGUCUUGCGUUUUUUGUAACAACACGACACAAACACUGAAACAGUAUUUUCUCAUGUUAGAGAAAGUUGAUUUGGAUAAAGAUUCUGAUAUCCAUAGAUGUUUAUAUCAUCAUAUGUGAUUAUUAUUCUACUAAACCCCAACUUUCCACAUUAUACCCUUUUAAAACACUGUGAUGUACGCUCUCUCUCAGGCUCAGCCGUCGCCCCUCAAAAUCCACGAGGCUAAAAUAGUCUCGUCGCUGCGCACUGCCAUUUCCCUCAAAUCAGAUUUCUUCUCACCUAACACUGCAGCAGCAGCAGUCACUACCACUGCGCGGAGGAGGAGCAGCACAAGCGAUCCGCAGAUCUACGUUCGGUCUUCUGGUGGCGCAACCCUACCGGAACGGCGGCGACUGAGCGGAGCAGCCAUGGCCACAUCGAACGUCGACGGCACCGACGACCGCAUUGCUCGGAUCGCCUCCACCAUUCGGGUCAUACCCGAUUUCCCCAAACCUGGGAUUAUGUUUCAGGAUAUAACGACGUUGUUGCUUGAUCAUAAGGCGUUCAAGGAUACCAUCGAUUUGUUUGUUGAGAGAUAUAAAGAUCAAAACAUCAGUGUUAUUGCGGGCAUUGAAGCAAGGGGUUUUAUAUUCGGUCCUCCAAUUGCAUUGGCUAUUGGUGCAAAAUUUGUUCCAAUGAGAAAGCCCAAAAAACUACCUGGGGAGGUAAUAUCAGAAGAGUACUCUUUGGAGUACGGAACCGACACGAUGGAGAUGCAUGUUGGAGCUGUGCAACCUGGGGAACGUGCAGUUAUAGUGGAUGAUCUCAUUGCUACAGGGGGUACCUUAAAUGCUGCAAUACGCUUGCUUGGACGUGUUGGGGUCACUGUGGUUGAGUGCGCCUGUGUUAUUGAAUUGAAAGAACUGAAGGUAUAUAUAACUCCUCUCCAAACUAAGGUGACAUGUAUUUUUAUUCCUUUUGCAUUGUUAAGGUGUUUGCCAAAUUGAAUACUGGGUACUCUUAAAUCUUCAAUAGUACGUCUAGUCUCAGGAAAUAGAACUCCUACUCUAAUCACUGCUUGAUCAUUUGUCCAAGUUGGACGAUUUAGUUGGCAAGUUUAUUCUACAAAAUUGAACCAUGUUACACCCUCAACAUAACUAGCUCUCGUCUUCCAACUGUUUCCAGUUACCAAAUUGCCUGAAGCAGAGAGGCAAACACAAUUUGAAUCUUCUAUUCUGAGUACCACUAUACCACUACAUGACCUAGCUAGCAAUGAUAUGAGCAAUUAAAUAUAAUUAGUUAUCUUGGUUUUUGAAAUCUCGUUUUUCUUAUUUGAGUUGUGUGUGUUUGUUAGUAACUGGUUUGUGUUGAAUUUAGGGUCGGGAGAAAUUAGGGGACAAAGCGCUGUUUGUUCUUGUGAGCGAGGAGACUUGAGGAGAGAAGGAAUGUUGGCCUUGCCCCACUAAUAAUUACUAGGUUGUGCCUCAUAAGACUCCUGUAUUCUAUGUACUAAUGAAUUACUGUUAUUUGGGUUGAUCAUGUCUAAACACCCUUUCAUUCAAGAAACCAAAUUUUAUUUUCAAACUUUGGAUAAA